GGUAACAGAAAGCAAAGCGCAAAAAGGAGGGAGGAGGAGGAGAAAAAAAAAACGGUCGAUUCAUUUUUGAAAAAUUUCUCGCAUUGGAAAAAAAAUUGCGCUUCCGUCAUCCUGAGUGGGAGGGAGGAUCCUUCUGCUCUGCACUGCCCUGGAAAGGGGGAAAAAUUUAUUCUGUUUGACCCGCAUCGGUUUUUUGGGAGGUAACGAAGGCGGCGCGUGCCGCUUUGCUCUCUCGCUCGCUCUCCCCCCCCCACCCCUUUUCCAAAUUAGAAAUCAUUUUAGAAUUUUUUUUUUCCUGCGCAGGCCGCGCGCGCGCUUUACUCACCUCUAAUUUGCGCAUCCGGAUUUGGGGAAACUGAUGCUUUCCUGGGUCUCGACUUUAGCUGGAGCGAUUGGGGGGGAAGGACAGAGAGAGAAAGCGGGAGGGAGAGGAAAAGGGGACGAGUGUGAAGCAAGCUCAAAGCUUUGGACUCCAUGAGCUUCCUUGUAAUUUGCAGCUCGCUUGUUUUAACUUGCAUGCUGGAAUUCCCUGAGAAACUGCUGCCGUGAUCAUGAUUUGCAGAAAUUAGAAGAAAGGUGCGGAAGCAGGAAGAAAUCGUGGGGAAACACCAUCAGCCUGCGUAGCCGUGGCUGAACCCCAGCGGCGUCAUGAGCACUCAGGAGGUCCCCAACGCCAGCCUGAAGCAGGGCGACACGCCCACCGAGACGCUUUCAGCUCAGGCCGUACCCGCUGCCUCGCCCAAGACCACUGGCCAUCAGAUGAAGACCGAGCCGUGCCGCACGCCCACCACCUCAACCAGCAACGGCAAAGAGAGCGACGGCAGCCUUCCUGCUGAGAUCUGCGUGGUGAUCGGGAGUCCUCGCAAUUCCCAAACACAGGGCUCCUACGUCUGCCGAGUGUGUGGGAAGAAGUACAAGUAUUACAACUGCUUUCAGACACACGUCCGUGCUCACAGAGAAUCGGAGAGCACCGUGCCCACGGAAGCGUCACCUCACGGCCCGAACAAUGCUUUCCGUUACACGUGUGAUAUUUGUGGGAAGAAGUAUAAAUACUACAGCUGCUUCCAGGAGCACAGAGAGCUGCAUGCAGUGGACGAUCCCUACGAUCACGUGAUUCCUGUGGAGGAACCGAAGGAAGAGAUCGAACCCUAUCAGAAAAUCGGACCAAAAACGGGGAGCUACACGUGUGAAUUCUGUGGAAAACAAUAUAAAUACUUCAACCCUUAUCAGGAGCAUGUGGCUCUUCACACUCCGAUGAAAACCUCUUUCGGUCUGAAAAUUGAAGGCAAACCGGCGGUGCGGCCGAGCCGUGGAGACGCCAACAGCUCCCAGAGCUCCAGCGAUGCCGCGAGCCCCAUGGUGGCCAGCAGCUUCCCCGCAUCCCAGAAGGCCUACACGUGCGGAUCCUGCGGCAUUCAGUUCCAGUUCUACAGCAACCUCAUGGAGCACAUGCAGUCGCACGCUGCGGAUAAUGAGAAUCACACUAAAGAGGACUCGGCUAAAGCGUGCCAAGCCCCCGCACCUUCUCAGGAGCAGACGUGGAAAUCGCCUCAACCUGCCCAGAGGAACCACAUCCCCUCUUCAUACCAGAACAGAUUGCUUCCGGAGAAGGAGCGGCAGCAGGUGGCUGAGCGCUUGUUGCGCAUGAUGUGUAACGAUUUGGGUCUGCUUGGCGUACUUAGCAGCAAGGACUUCCUCAAGCUAGCCCAAACUCUAGUGGACACAGGCUCCCGCCAUGGCGCUUAUUCCAUCCGCGAUGCCCUCGGAGACAUGAGCACUUUAGCCAUGAAGCAGCUUCCCCGCAUGUACAACCAGGUGAAAGUAAAAGUGACCUGUGCUCUCGGAUCCAACUCCUCCUUAGGCAUUGCUGUGACCUGCCAUUCACAGACUGUUGGGUCAGAUUCCUGCUAUGUGCUAACAGCAUAUCAAGUAGAGGGGGUCCGGCUUCGACGUUACGUGCUGGGAAUUAAAGAGGCUUCUAUAAGAGAGGGUCCGGAGCACGUUCAUCACUGGGUCCAGAACGUCCUUUCUGAGUUCGUCAUGUCAGAAAUUCGCACAGUCUACGUCACAGAGCCUCGUUUUUCACUGUUACCUAGUUGCGGCAGGUCCAGCCUUAGCUUGCGGUGUGCUGGAUGCUCUCUGUCGGCCACUAUUCAGGCUGUUCUUGGGCGGCGUAGCCUUCAGGCCCGCGGCCUUCAUGAACUUGGAGAACUUCUGGCAACAUGCCGCGACAUUGCUGGAAGCAGUAGCUUUAAUCGAGACAGCAAGGCCACAGAUGAGUCUCUGCCGCCACCUUGCUGGGAUUUGACUGCUGAGGCAUUGCUCAAGGUCCAUGAGAACUUCGAGGCCAUAUGUGAAGUGUAUGGCCGCUGCAAAAGCACAGCACCACUUCUACAAGGCCUCAAUAAGCACCUUCUCAGCACACUAGCCUCCCUGCUAGCACCUUUGCGUCAGGCAGCACAAGAGCUGGGGGGUGAUCGCUGGCCCACCCUUCAGCAGGUUCUGCCUUCAUACCUUCGUCUGGAGAAGCUCUUUACCUCUAAGGCUGGUGAGGCGGGUGCUGGCAGUAAACUCUGCCACUACUUCUUGGAAGCACUUAAGGAAAACUUCAAGGUGGAGCGAAUCCACCAAGUGGCCAUGAUCUUGGACCCACAGCUCAAGCUCAGACCAGUCCCCGGAUACCAGCACGAGGAGAUUAUCUCCAGGGUGUGCGACAUGGCUGCCACCAUGAAGGAACCAGCUAGCGGAGGCCCCUCUGGGAUCUCAGGAGAUGACCGGGACAACGACGGGCCAGCUCCCAAACGAGGGCGCAUGGAUUGCGGGAUAGAAAGGCCAUCUUGCGCUGCUGAAGACCCACAAGUUCGGAAGGAACUGUUCCAGUACUUGGGUGAACCGCUUUUCCAAGCCACAGGGGAUCUUUUCCAGUACUGGAGCUCGGUCAUGGACAGAUAUCCCAAGUUGUCCCGGUUGGCUUUGUGGCUCCUGGCAGUGCCCGCCAUGGGUAUCCGCAGCGAAUGCAUCAGCAUCUGUGAGCAGACCUUCGCUUUAAAGAGGAAGCGAGAGGUCACAGCUGAGGAAAUGAACAAACUUGUCUUCCUCAAGUGCAAUUUUGCCUGAGGUAGAGCACGGCCACCAGCCAGCACUACUGACUCUUUGUGAAAAAAGAUACACUAAAGUAUUUAGUAUCUAGAAGCUGGUCUAGGUUUACUUUGUAGCUUCUUUACGUCAUCGGUUAGAACUCCUUAUUCCGGAGCGACAACCUACUUCUGGAUCAACGUCUAUGAACGGCGUGCAGUUAAGGAGUUCUUUCUGUGGACGACUGCUGUGGAGCAAUAUGUUAUCGAGCAGAUAUCACCUACACACACCUCAAACCUCAACUUUCUACUGCCCUUGGUAACCUAGCAGCGAAAAUAGAUAAAGCCCUAAAACGUGGAUAGAAACUUUUGUUGUCGAUGCUUGAAUCAUCUAAACCAAAACAUGGACACACUGUAUGCGUCAUCUUUUUGUUGUUUUUUUUUCUUCUUUCAGUUAAUUUUUGUUUUUCCCAGUUAGACUGCUAGACUGUUUGUCCCUCUUAUCCUUCACUUUUCCUGCCUGAAUUGUCCAUUUUUUCCCCCUCCUGCGCUGCCAAAAGAUCAAUAACCUACUUUGCUUUUCUUGCUGUACAAAUGACCUCUUAGUUAUCAGGUCUUGAAAAUGAUUUCAGGUAACCUACGUGCAUUUCUUAUUUCAGUGUUUCUAAAUGAGAGUUCUUCACUGGGUGCUCACUUCCACUUGUUUGACUAAUAAUCCGGUGUUUUUAAUAUAUGCUUCUUUAAAAAUCCGUAUUUUUAACGGUCCGUACCGAUAGAAGACGCCACGUAUUGCACAGUUUGAAUCUACAUAUGCAUGAGGAAUCAAAUAUUCAAAUUUUAUUCUAAAUGCAUCCGUCUCGUCGCAGUAGCUGAGUUUAACCCCCUUCCGAGCACAGCAGGGUCUAACCUAUAGAGCUUCAACCUGCUCUGAAGAUCAUAUACAGGAAUUCAUCAUCACAAUCUUCUACAUGAUCGUAAUUAUCUUGGCUGCGAGACUGUGUUGAUGGACACAGAAUAGAAUAACAGCUCAUAAGCAGAUGUACCAUGUAAUCAUUUUUGCAGCAUUGGCCCAGGCGGCUCUGACUUGUAAAUGAGCCUUCUGCACAAUUCCAGAAGGGUUUAUCUCGUACCAAAUUUCCUUCCUGAUUUUGGACAGUCCAGAUGGAGUCAAGGAGCAUACACGAUCCAAAUAACAAAAGUCUAGCUUGCAACCAUCGGAAACUACAUUCAUAUAUAGAGAAAAUUCUAGUAUCCUACAGGGUUAUUUGUGUUUUUCCCAUUGGUUUUGUAUAAAACCUUACAACCUAGGAUCCAAAGUACAACCAUUUUGGAAAACUAACCACUCCCCAUCCAAAAAACUGUUAAAUAACCAAUAGCAUUAAAGGUUGGACCCUUAAGCAAGACCUUCAACUCUGAAACUACUGUACUGGAUACUGCUUUAGGUAAAAAACACUACAUUUUAAAACUUUUCUUGAACUCUUAUCCUGAUUUUGUGUGGUGGUCUGGAAAACACUGCAUAAUUCUGAUAUUUUUACUAUAUAUAUAUAUAUAUAUAUAUAUAUAUAUAUAUAUAUAUAUAUAUAUAUAUAUAUAUAUAUAUAAUAUAAUAUAAAAAAUAAUUUUUUUGGGGGGGGGGGGUAAACACAUUUUUUCUGUUCUGCAUGUAAACUUUGAAUACCACCAAAAGUACUAAAAUUAGCUUUUAAAGAUUUCAUUCCAACUCGAAGCGUUACGGUUAUUUUUAACAGCUGGCAUCAGAUUUCAGUCGGAAUUGUCGAGAUUAUGUCGGUGUUUCUUCAGCAUGUAUCCAUCUAAAGACUCCUUCAACGUGUAAAAUUCACUGUGUACGGAAAUCGCAUUUAGCUAGCCAGGUUUUAGACAUUUUCAGGCAGACUGACUGUUUUUUACCAGCAUGUUUGAUAAACAUCUUCUUUAUGGACAGACACAAAGGCAUGGUUAGAAAGUAGACUAACUAAAAUAAAAUAAAAAGUCGUUUCGGUUAAAAAAACAAACAAAACAAAAAAGAUUUCAAAACAUGAAAUCCGGCUGCUUGAGCGGUUUUCCCAGGCCGCCAUGUGAAUCCAAACAAAACUGGCACCUUUGCAGUCCCAAUAUGGCUGACACUAGUGUUUAAACAUCUUUAUAGUUUUUAGUUCCUUAUCGAGAUUUCGAAUUCUAAAAGGAACUUCUUGACUGUGUUAUGGUAUCAGUGUUGGUGUCGAUCAAUGCUCUCACGCUUCUUUAGGGAUAGAUUUCUUUGCCAUUUAUAAAGUUUUAGGAAUCUGCAUUCUGGGAUGUCCAUUGUGUUAUUCAAGUAAAAAAAAAAAAAAACGCCAAACAGAUGGAACAAAAGAAUUUGUUUCAGUUCAGUAUGAAUAGAGGGCAGCUGUAUUAGUUCUGGGUGCAGCCGCCAUAUUUUUAAACUUUAAUUGUUCUGUCUUUUAAUGCACUGGAUUUCUAAAAACCAAAUGGAAAAUAGUGUUAUGAUUUUUUUUUUUUUUUUUUUUUUUUGAGUGAUUAUUCAAGGACUGAAUCGGAGAGCUUAUUAGAAAACAAACCCUUUCCAGCUGUUUUGUCAUGGCGAGGCUUGUUCAUUUCUCUGUUUCGUAAACUCCAGUUACGUAUUGUUCUGAAGAUGUCCGGACGUCAUGGAUGUUUCUUUUCUGUUCGUUGCUUCGACAAAGUUUCUCAGAGAUGUUUGAGCUUGAGUUGAGUUAAGCUGGAUGUUGUUUAAUCGUGUCGUUCUUUUUUUUUUACUUUCUUUAUUUUAAUAACAAAAUGACCACAAGAGGGUGCCGUUAAGCUCCUGCUCUUGGUAGGAGUGGCCAAGCUCCUUACCUCUUUUUGUAUACACAACUUUGAUAACAGAGUUCAGAAACCAGACUUCAGAAACCGGUACUGUUUUAAUUUUCUGUUUUUAUGUAUCCAGGGGUGAACGUAAUGGUUCAGACUGCCAAGGAAGUAUCAGAUUGUUCUCAUCAGCAUCCUCACGUUUUGCAAUAUUUAAAUACAAACAAAUGUACUUUUAUUUUAGGGACCCGUGUUUUUUUUGUUGUUGUUUGUUUUGGGUUAUUUUUUUUCCUUUUCCUUUCUGCUAAGUGCGAAAAGAAAAACCAACGGUCGCUUUUUAGUUCUUUACAUUUUUUAUUUUAGUAGUUUUUCUUUUUAUGACUGUGUAUGACUCGUUUGAACAGUAGGUCUAAUUUAUACUUUUUUAGCAGCACUAUUUUUAUAUCUAUAUAUAUGGUUAAUGAUAGAACUUUAACUCAUUACUGAUUCUCAGUAGUACACCAAGCGCUGUGCAGCAUCCUCAGAAUCUAUCAUGUACUGUGUGAAAAUAAAACGUACUGAAACAGGAA